CCGAACCUUCCUGCAGGUGGUGAGUCCACUGGGAGGUACCAACUGUCCUGACUGGGAUUGGCUCUAACCCAGGAGGUCAAACCUGGGGUUCCACACCCCUGACAGAGACGUGGGCCACAGGAUGAAUUCAACAUUUGGUAAAAAAGUCCAUUUAUUUCAAACAGAAAGGAAAGAAGAAAAGUCCACGCUGAGGAAAAGUCUGUUUCCUGUUUAAGUUACUAGCUGCGCCGUGAUUGGUCAAAGCCGUCAACAGCAGUUUGUUUGAAUCUCAGUGUGUGUGUGUGUGUGUGUGUGUGUGUGUGUGUGUGUGUGUUGUCUUUUUCCGCAGCUUCAGAGUAACUUCAGAAACUUUUCUUUGGCACUCCUGUGUGCGUCAGCAUCAACCAAUCAGACGGCAGCGAUGGCGGGUGAUGACGUCACCGGGGCGGCUCACGGUGGUCUCUCCUCCCGCUCAUUAGCCUCAGCCUCAGAGCAGCUCCAGGGUUUGAACGCGCUGCGUCCGUGGUCACAUGAGCUCCAGCGACCAGUCCGCGGCUAACACCACGCUGCUGCGUCCGCCUCCGCAGCUGGAGGAGUAUUGGCUCUUCAUCAUCAUGACCACAGCGCCCUCUUGUGUCUUCCUCUACAUUAACAGCACCAUCAUCUUCACCCUGGGCAGUAAGGCCGUCUUUUACCACACGUCUCGCUACAUCCUGCUCCAGAACCUCCUGGUGGCCGACACCUGUCAGAUCGCCUACAGCCAGGUCAUGUUUCUGAUCGCCAGCGCCAGAGUGCGGACCACCUACGUCCCCUGCACAGCCGCGCUGCUGCUGGGGAACUUCUUCAACGGCGUCUCGCCUCUGACCCUGACGAUGAUGUCGCUGGAGCGGUUCGUGGCCGUGUGCGACCCCCUGAGGUACCCCACCAUCGUCACCAUCCAGACCACGGCCCAGGCCGUCGCCGGUGUCUGGGCCUUCAGCGCUCUCAACGUGCUGACGCGGGUCCUGCUGCUCCUGCGGUUCCGGGCCCUGGACUCCGUGCUCAUGGUGGACGUCUGCGGUCAACAGAACAUUUUCAGCGACCCCGCCUCUGACCUCUACAGCAAGGCCUACUUCGGUUUCCUCUUCGCGUCGGGGUCUGUGGUGAUUGCGUCCACCUACGUCGGCGUGGUCCUGGCGGCUAAGUCCGCAACUACGAACAAAUCGUCGGCCCGUAAGGCCCGUAAGACUCUGCUGCUGCACCUGGUCCAGCUGGUCCUCAGUCUCCUGUCGGCCAUUCACCACCCCAUCCUCUUCUCCGUGCACAGCAGCCUGCCCAAGGCCACGGCCAUCAGAGUCCAGAUCCUUCUGUACCUGGUCGUCAUCAUCGUGCCGCGCUGUCUGAGUCCGCUGAUCUACGGCCUGAGGGACCAAACCGUCAGGCCCGUUCUCCUGCAGCACCUCUGCUGUGGUUGGAGAUGUUCAGGGUCCGAGAGACAGAGUCAGUGACCAGAGAUGGCGUCGAUCCGACCUCGAGUCCUCCAGCACCUCCUGGGUUCACAUCCCGUCCGUGGUCCGUGUAGACCUGCUGGGUUUCAAACCGUCAGGAUCUUUGGCUGCAGCUGAAGACCAGGACCAGAGUCGGACCAGCGGGUUUCACCCUCGAGCCUCUGCCAGGGUCACCAGACGGGGGAUGACCUCAGUGACCCUGACCCAGGCCUCAGUCGGGGACUAAACCUGAAACCUCUGGGUCUCAUCACGUCCUUCUCUCCUUCAGAUGUUUGUGUGUAAAUGUUGUGAUGUUGAAAAUAAAGUUCAACCACAGAUGAUUUAACCACUUAGAUUUGGAUUUGUUUUAUUUUUGAACCCAUGAAGUUUCGUGUUUUUCAAUAACUGAC